UAUUUUUAUUCAGUGAAGUCCAGUGUAACCAUGCCUCGAGGAAGGUCCGCCACAAGUGCCCGCUCAGACAGCAGUGAGAUGGAUAUUGAUGGUACAGAAUCAGAGAUUGCCAAACUGCAGAGACAGUUCAGGAUCAUGGAAGGAGAUAGGCAGGCCUACACCAUUCAGGCCCGGGAGCAGAUCCGCAAACAACAGCAGGAGAUGGAGAAGCUGCUGAAGGAGCAGGAAGAGCUGCAUCGAAACCUUGGUGCGUGUAAGAGCUUGUCCCGCCAACAGCAGGACAGUGAGGACACACAGAGUCUUCGUGCUCUGCUGGAGCAGAGAGACAUGCAAGAGGAAGAGCUGCUGAAAGAGAAACAGUGUCAAAAAGAGCUUGAGAAAGAGGUUGCAAACAUGGAGUGGAAGCUGGCAGAGCUGAGAAAAGGGGACGUCAGUACUGGUGAUACACAAAGGUCUGAGGUGCGGCGCACUCAAAAGGCCAUACGCACUUUGGAAUACAAACUGGACAGGUCUUUGACUCGCUUCAACGAGCAGCUGACCAAAAACAGCCACCUGAGAGAGGAGUUGCAGACUCAUCAUAUUGAGCGCGUCCGUUUUCAGCAACUACACAACAGGCUGGACAAGGAACUGCACGGUGUCCGCAAGAAAAUCGGAGAAAUUGUCAACCUGUCCACUGUUGCUUAUGAUGCCAGGGUGGAGGCUCAGUCCAAGGUGACCAUGAUGAGGGAGAAGGCAGUGAAGGACCUCGCCCAGUACAACGCUGAGAUGAAGGAACUGGAGAGGGUUAUUGCACAUGAGUGCAGUCUGAAAGAGUUUAUGACCACCAAGUGCAGUGAGAGGAGCGGGCAGGAAGACAGCCAUGAGAUGGGACACAGACAGCUGUCAAAGCUGAAGGAGCAGAGGAGGAUGGACUCGGGGGAAGAGUCGCUGGACGCUCUAGAGGAAGUGUUCCAGAGGAUCCAGACCGUGACAGGGGAGGACAACCUGGACAUGCUGGUCACCAGGUUCAUCCAGGCUGAAGACCGGAACUUUGCACUCUUUAACUUUGUAAAUGAGCAAAACAAUGAGGCUGAGGCACUGAAAGAUAAAAUCAGCCAGACACAAGCAGAGAUAGAGCAGUAUGGAGUAGCAGGUUUGCAAGAGGAGCAAGAUCAUCGCUCUCUGCUGAGAGACAUUACUGAGCAACAAAAGGAAACCGAGUUUCAAGCUGAGGACUAUGAGAACAAAGCCAGCAUCAUGAGCAAAAUCCUGGACGAGAUCAAAACAGGAGUGAACAGCAUCUUCUCUGAAAUGGAGUGCGACCGCUCAGUGAUGGAGGAUAUACUGGGCUCCUCUACAGAGAUCAAUGAGAACAACAUCAUGUCCUAUCUGGGUCUGGUGGAACAGAAGACCAACGAGCUGCUCACCAUACAAGCGUUCCUCAACUCUAAAGAUCUGGAAAAGGACUACAAUCCAAAAGACCUGGCCAAAUUUCUUUUGGGUCAAAAUCCAGAACUUCUUCAGCAGAGCGUUAGCAUCCAACCUGCACCCAACAGUGUGGAGUAUGAUGCAGAAGAGUCUCCCGUCACUGAUGAGGAAGAACGGCCACUUUCACAGGGGGAGCUUCGCAAAAGAAUAAUAAAAGGGGUUCUGCAGAAGGAGAGUUCAGUCCGGCAGGCAGCAACCAAAGCCUCAAAGAUCAGUCAGCAGUUUGAUGGCAGACGGCGCUCGCUGGAAGACGCACUAAUCUGACACAGUGACCUGAUCAGUGUAGUUAAUGUGCACAUGUUUAAAAUGGGAUCCUUAUUAUGUGCCGUUGAACGGCCUGCUUUAAUUUUUUUUUACCAUAAUAUAGAUCAGUAGAGGCCGUGACCGCUGAUGGAACAAGCCUGAUUGGACAUGUUGCAGCUUGCACAUUUAAACAUUUAAUGCUUAAUUAUGUUAUAUGUACGUCACCUUUUGUGAUGAAUCAUUGGCAUGGCCUGUUCAUGGCCUGUAUCUUGGUGGGAUUUGUUUAGUUGGUACUAAUUAGGUUUGGAGCUAUAAAGAUGCCUUUUCAGAUUCUGGUAACCAGCUGUCCUUUUGAUGUGUGACUUGCCAUCUGGCUUUGACUAUACAAUCUGGUCGCAGUACAGCCCUCCUGCACUGGCAGCGCUUCAUUACAUGAUACUGCUGCUAUGCUCAAACGAAAAGGUUGGGGGCAGCAGAACCUUUUGUAAGUCUAAUUGGCAUGCUGAGACCUUGAGAGAGCUUCCAAAAACGAGGUGAAGAGCUUUUAGCGCUUCACUGUAGACACUGAUUUUUGAACCCAUUUUUGUUGGGGGAAUAAUGAUUUUUCUCAGAUGUAUUUUUGGCUAAUCACACUCAUUUAUUCAUAUUUCUGUUAUAAAAUCAGUGUCUUUAUUUAAAUAAACUGUGACCUUUC